AUGAAGACUGCAGAGCUGGGAUUUCUCCUGGGGCUCUUCAUCUUCUUCUUGCUGACCACCCCAUUAAUGAGUGGUGUUGCUAAAAUUGCUGAAAUGAUAUGUGGAGAACUCAAAGAUCCCUGCGUUAUGGAAAAGGAUACUGGUAGCUGCUUUGAAGUUCACUUUAGAUAUUUCUACAACAAAACUGCCAGAAGAUGUCAAAGGUUUGUCUACACUGGCUGUAAUGGCAACCUUAACAACUACAAGCUUAAAAUAGAAUGUGACGUAGCCUGUGAUGAAAGAUACAAGAUAAUGUAA